CAAAUUUGAAAUUGUAACACUUUUCUGGUGGUAGAAGUGGAGGAAGAGGGAAAGAAGUUCGAGAUUAUAAAACUCAAUUAUUUUUUUCUUAUGGAUAAUUGAACAGAAAAUAGAGACAUAAUUGUGCAACGCGUAGUCGCUUCGAUAAAUCUCUUACAAUUGGAUACGUCAUCAAAUGAAUUGAGCAAAGAACGAAGAGCUAAAAAGGCAUACAAAUAUAGUCAAUGUCACUUAUGUAUAGUUGGACAAAGUCAAACGAAGCGGAUAUAAAGUCUAGGAAAGAAGUUUCUACUAUUGGUGCCAUACUUGACAUUCGUUUCACAUUGUAUCAUUGAAUGUAGCAUGUUAGAAAAAUCUCUCAGUAAAUAGGAUUAUUUCAUGAUUUUAGAAAAGUAAUUAGAAUGUGUUUGCUAAAAUAUUCUCAAAUCACGAUUCCUUUAACAUAAUACACUUUUAAAAAUAAAUCAGUAUUUUAAUUGUUGUCACAUUAUUAGGAAGUAUUUAAAAUAUACAUGACAAUGCGUAGUCGAAGUAAUUCUGGCGUCCGUUUGGACUAUUAUCAGAGAAUAGUUCACAAGAUUAUUAUGAAUCAUCAAAAUCCUGUUACUGGUCUUUUUCCUGCAAGUCGUGAAAAUGAUCAUGCAUGGGUGCGUGAUAAUAUUUAUUGUAUUCUUGCUGUUUGGGGACUUUCUAUGGCAUAUAAAAAGAUAGCGGAUGUUGACGAAGAUAGAGCAAAAACUUAUGAAUUAGAACAAAGUUGUGUUAAAUUGAUGAGAGGUUUACUCAUGGCUAUGAUGCAACAAAAAGAAAAAGUAGAAAAAUUUAAAUCUAGUCAGAAUCCUCUUGAUGCUUUGCAUGCAAAAUAUAGUUCUGUUAAUGGACAGACAGUUGUUGGAGAUAAUGAAUGGGGUCAUCUGCAAAUAGAUGCUAUUUCUCUAUAUCUUUUAGUACUUGCUCAAAUGACAGCAUCUGGCUUACAAAUUGUAUUUAAUCUUGAUGAGGUUGCUUUUAUACAAAACUUAGUAUUUUAUAUUGAAUCAGCUUAUUGUACUCCUGAUUAUGGAAUUUGGGAAAGAGGAGAUAAAACUAAUCAUGGCUUACCCGAAUUAAAUGCUAGCAGUAUUGGAAUGGCUAAAGCUGCUAUGGAAGCUUUGAACGAAUUAGAUUUAUUUGGUGCAAGAGGUGGACCUACUUCAGUAAUUCAUGUAUUAGCAGAUGAAGCACAAAAAUGUCAGGCUGUUUUGCAAUCCAUGUUGCCUAGAGAAUCAAAUUCAAAAGAAUUGGAUAGCGGUUUAUUGUCUAUAAUAAGCUUUCCUGCAUUUGCAGUAGAUGAACCUAAUUUAAUACAACUAACAAGAGAAGCAAUAACAAGUAAAUUACAAGGUCGUUAUGGAUGCAAAAGAUUUUUGCGCGAUGGAUAUAGAACAGCAAAGGAAGAUCCUAACAGGUUAUAUUAUGAGCCAUGGGAAUUGCGUAUGUUUGAAAAUAUAGAAUGCGAGUGGCCUUUAUUUUUCUGUUAUUUAAUACUGGAUUAUUGUUUCCAAGGAAAUAAAGAAGCAGUAGCAGAAUAUUCGACGCUACUCGAACAAAUAACAAUUAAAGCAGAUGAUGGAAUGAGAUUAGUUCCUGAGUUAUAUUCAGUUGCAUCUGAAAAUGUUGCAGCAGAAUAUAUUCAACCUGGUAGUCAACCUCGCAUAGCUUUAGGCAGAUAUCCAUUUAUGUGGGCUCAAUCCCUUUACAUUUUGGGAAAGUUACUGCAAGAAGGCUUCCUAGCAGUGGGUGAAUUAGAUCCAUUGAAUCGGCGGUUGUGCAGUGAAAAAAAACCGGAUGUUGUGGUGCAAGUCGUUAUUUUGGCAGAAGAUGCAGAGAUCAGAGAAAAAAUUGCCCAGCAUGAUAUUCAUGUUCAAACCAUCGCGGAAGUAGCACCGAUAGAAGUACAACCAGCAAAAGUACUCAGUCAUUUAUAUACUUAUUUAGGACGAAAUAAAAAGUUAGGAUUAUCUGGCCGUAAAUCAAGAGAUGUCGGGAUUUUGAGUACCAGUAAAUUAUAUUCUCUGCACGAUAAAAUAUUUGCAUUCACACCACAGAACUUUGACGCGGAGGAAUACUACACAACAAACGAUGCGGCUCUCCUUGCGAAUACUUUUACAACCAACUUGGCCUUCCUGACCAUCAACUGGAAGCAAAUGCUCGGCAGGCCUACCAUAACACUAGUUGCUACUCAUAAUCAUUUAGAUCAAGGAAAAAUACCAUUAGCAAUGAUAACUACUAUGAAGAAACUGAAAAGUGGUUAUAUAAAUGGUACUAGAGUAUCACUAGGAAAUCUAAAUGACUUUCUUAGUACAUCGUGUAUUACGAAUCUGAGCUUCUUAGGUAGUUCAGAAGAUGGACGUCCUGAUAAACUUAAUCCUCAGGUUCAACAAUAUUUGGAUGAACACUUGAUGCGUGCUUUUCCCCAUCGUACUGGUCUUCUUAACAAGCCAUUGGUUAGAACUGGAAAAAAUUUGAGACGAAGAAUGUCUGUCAAAGGUGCCAUUAAAAAGACACGAUCUAUAGCUGUUGAACCCGAAAUUCUUGGAAUGGCGGGAGAAGAUCGCAGACCGUCAGCUAAUUUAAACCUAAAUCCUUUCAUUGAAGUAACAGAUACAACUCUGACACCAAAUUCGACGCAACCUGUACAUACCGAUCGUACACCAUCUCCUACGGAAGAUAUGCCAUGGAAAACUACUGGAAAAGGUCAUAAAUCUAGAUCCAUAUCUGACACACAAUAUGCUGAUACUGAAGUUGAAGAAUUAUUGACGAUGCUUCGUGAGACUGAGAGUCUCGAAGAACAAGGAGACAUAUUGCAAUAUCUUGUCGACUCACAAGGACUUUAUUUCAAUACGGGUAUGGUAGAAGAAGGUCAUCCAGUAUUAGUAAAAGAUUUAUUAAAGGACCUUUAUGAAAAAGCAUGUCAACAAAAAAUGUGGGGUAUUGUUCGUCACUCUGCCGGUAUGUUAGGAAAAAGAGUAGAAGAUUUAGCUAAAGCUGUCACAGACUUGUUAGUACGACAAAAACAAGUUACCGUUGGAAUGCCACCAAGCAAUGAGCAUACGAUCGUAGCUCCAUUACCCGAGAAUGAAUUAAGAUCUUUGAUUCAUCAAGCGUAUGGAGAUGACGAAUCCACAGCUAUGUUGACACAGGAAUUGCUUGUAUAUUUGGCUAUGUUCAUUAGAACAGAACCACAGCUGUUUCACGAAAUGUUGAGGCUUAGAGUUGGCUUGAUUAUUCAAGUUAUGGCAACAGAAUUGUCAAGGACUUUGAUUUGUACGGGCGAAGAAGCUUCCGAACAUUUGUUGAAUUUAUCUCCAUUUGAAAUGAAAAAUCUUUUACAUCAUAUCAUGAGCGGAAAAGAAUUUGCGAUAAGUAGUGUUGGAAGAGGUAAUUUUUCUGUCAUCAGUUGCAAGUCAAGUAAAGUGAGCAAGAAAUCUCAGAUUGGUGGAUUUUUAAGUCCUGAUCAAACGGACGGCGGUGAAACAGAACCUGAUCGUCAAGGACAAUGGUUACGAAGACGUCGAUUGGACGGUGCACUUAAUAGAGUGCCACGAGGUUUUUAUCCACGGGUUUGGCAAGUUCUAGAAAGGUGUCAAGGUUUAGCUAUAGAGGGACGAGUUCUUCCCCAAAAUCUUACUCAAGAAAUGACACCGGGAGAAUUAAAAUUUGCUUUAGCAGUGGAGACAGUUUUAAAUACAAUACCACAACCGGAAUAUCGUCAACUCGUUGUUGAAGCUUUAAUGGUAUUAACAUUGGUGACUGAACAUAAUGCGGUAGCUUCUUUAGGAGGUCUCAUUGCUGUUGAACAUUUAGUACACAAAGCUAAUGCCAUCUUCUUGGAAGACCAGAUGAAAGUCGAUGGAGAUGCUACUCUCUGUUGUGCCAAACCAAAAGAACAGCGUGAAACAACAGCAUUGGGAAAUCUUCUCUGUGGAGGAGCAGCUUAUGUGUGCCAACACUUUUAUGAUAGUGCUCCUAGUGGCAGUUUUGGAACAAUGACAUACAUUACAAGAGCUGUAGCAUCUUUGUUGGAUUGUUUACCAAAAGAUGGUGAUAUAGAAUGCUCAAUAUCGUAGUUCAAUUUUUGUUUCUAUCAAAAAAGUUUAGUAAAUUUUUUCUCAAAUUCGA